CCCGUUUGCUAUAGUAGAGGCAUGUAAAGCCGGUCGUGAAUGGAGUACUUUAUCAAAGCAGCUUCUUGUAAUUAGUAUCACGGCGGUAGGUAUUCUUCAUUGGAUCAUAUUGUUAACGGAGCGGAUAGCAACAAAUGAACAUUGGAUCCUACUUAUUAUGCCAUUACCUUCCUGUUACGAUAAAUCAAAGAUACCUAUUUAGAAGAUGCAAUAAGCACCCCUAGAAGGGUGCGAGACAUUCAUUAUUAUCUUCCAUCAGAAUCCGAUAACCCCCACAGAAACAUGCAAGUGUAGACUGGUCCAAGUACAUAUAGACCAGACAAGCAAAGCAAAGAUUCGUAAGUACAACAUCCGCCGAAGGCCACACCGCACCAUGAAGCGUUGGUUGGCCUGAUGCGGUGUGUCGGCGAUCUGAAGUGAACACAACGACAAGACGUCGUAUGUUCGAACCUAGUAUCCGCCGUGCCUCUCAAACCCCCGCGAGGACGCGGGGCGGGCAACAGAACUCAAAGAAAACCCUAAUCUUAUCACCGGCGCGGACAUCGACAUCAGUCUCGGUGCCCCCCGGUGUAGUCGACCACCUACACCUGGGCACCAGGAGCUCCUCCGUUUCCGCCCGCCGCUCCAGCACCUCCCGCUCCGCCUUGUCCUUGGCCGCCGCCCUGUCCACCCUGUCCAAACCCAUACUCCCCGCGCGGACCAUACACAUACAGUCUCAGCGCGCGCAACUCCGCCAACACCUCCGCCGCCUGGCGCGCCAUCUGCUCGCGCUGCUGUGUCAUUUCGUGAAUCUGCAGGCCCUGCAGAUAACACGUCACGUACGCCUCGUUGCGCUCCAGCUCCGCGCGGAUCAUCCCCGCCUGCAGCGAGCGGCCCUCGGCCUCUGCGGCGGUGAUCAGGGCUGUGAGGCGGUUGUUCAUGCCUGGGUCCAGCGGGCGCGGCUGGUUUGCGGCGGCAGGUGCGGGUGGGUGCAUGUUCGGCGGGGGCGGGUGCGCGUGCGGGUACGCUUGGAGGUGGCCGCCGGGAGGUCCUUGGUGCGGGUUAUGGGGGGUUGGCGCUUGCUGCUGGCCCGGCGUGGGAAGGUGCUGGACGCCGUAGGGUUGCUGGCCUGCGGCGGGUCGCUGCUGCUGCAUGCCGGCGUGGUAGACCUGUUGCUGGCCAGCGUGGUAUAGCUGUUGCUGGCCGGCAGGGAGCCAUUGCGGGAGACCUUGGGCGGCAGAAGGACCGGCGGGGAGUUGGCGCUGUCCUAGGGCAGGAACAUGCUGGGCAGCGGUGGGGACAUGCUGUCCUGCUACUGGGACAUUCUGGGCAGCGACGGGUCCGUGGUGGCUGCCAUAGUACGGGUGCUGGGGGACGGAGGCGGGACCGGCGGAGGGUUGGCGUUGUCCUGCGGCAGGAACAUUCUGGGCGGCGGCGGGUCUAUAGUGGUUGCCGUGGUCCUGGUAC